GACUUGAAGACCAACCCAAGAGAGAGAGAGAGAGAGAUUUUUCUAAAGUUAGAAGGAAACAAACUUCCUUGACUUCUUCUAUUGCAUUGCUAUCCAUUUUAGUAAUUCUUUAAUCUCGGAGCUCUUUAUAUUCAGGAAAAAACUUCUUCUGCCAACAAGAUUUAGAACCCACCUUCACUUCUUUCUGUUUCCCUCACAUCUCUCUCCUCUUUGGAAUCUGGCUGUGAAUCAAGGCUUUUUGAUCCAAAGCCUUGAAACCCAGAUAGAGAAAAAACCUUGGGAAACAAUUUUGGUGUCAUCUGGUGGCAGAUACCCAGAUACAGAGAAGUUGUUUUCCUUGCGAUAUUGAUCUCUGGGCAUAAUAUAUCAAAGGCGUCGACUUUUUGUAUUGGCCUCGCCAUGGGAAAAGGUUUGACAACUUUGUUGCUUUCUUGUGUUCUGUUCUCUCUAUUUGCCUCAUCGUUCGCUCAAACCUGCAAGAGCUAUACGUUCUCCAGCAACAAGUUAUACACCUCAUGCUCAGAUCUUCCUGUUUUGAGCGCUUUCCUUCACUGGAGCUAUGACCAGUCAACCAAUAAAGUUGAGAUUGCGUAUAGACACACAGGAACCUCAACUUCGAAUUGGGUUGCUUGGGCGAUUAACCCUACAGGAUCAGGAAUGGUGGGAGCACAAGCCCUUGUGGCCUAUCAAAACUCCAGUUCAGUCAUCCACGCAUACACAUCCCCAGUGACUGGAUAUGGAACAACGCUGGCAGAGGGUUCUUUGAGCUUCGAGGUUUCAAAUCUCUCUGCAGCAUUUGUGAAUAGCGAGAUGACGAUAUUUGCUACACUGACGCUUGAUAGCGGCACGACAACGGUGAAUCAAGUCUGGCAAGAAGGUCCUCUGAGUGGAGGUAGUCCUAGCAGCCAUGAUACCUCUUCGAGCUCACCUAAUAUGAAAUCAAUGGGCACUCUGAAUUUUCAGGAUGACCAGGCGACAACAACCCCAUCAGGAGGUGGAGUCACUCCAAGGCGUCGAAGACAGAAUGUUCACGGAGUACUAAAUGCGGUUAGUUGGGGGACUCUGAUGCCCAUUGGAGCCAUGAUUGCAAGGUACCUAAAGGUGUUCAAGUCCGCAGAUCCUGCAUGGUUUUACCUGCAUAUUGCUUGCCAAACUUCUGCAUAUGUUAUUGGGGUUGCUGGAUGGGCAACGGGUCUAAAACUAGGCAGCGAAGCCUCUAGUGUUAAUCAGUAUGAUACUCACAGGAACAUCGGCAUAACCCUCUUCUGCCUUGGAUCACUUCAGGUGUUUGCCCUGCUUUUGAGGCCAAAGAAGGAUCACAAAUACAGGUUAUAUUGGAACAUCUACCACCAUUCUGUGGGAUAUUCUGUCAUUGUCCUAAGCAUCAUCAACAUAUAUGAGGGAUUGGAUAUCUUGGACCCUGAGAAGAAGUGGAAGAGGAUAUACACCGGAAUUCUGAUUUUGUUGGGCGUCAUUGCCGCUUUAUUGGAAGCCUUUACUUGGUUCAUUGUUAUCAAAAGGAAACAGAAGAGCUCUGAGAAGUACCCCGAGUAUGGGAAUGGAGUGAAUGGUUCUAAUGGCUAUGCUGCCAGAACAGAGAAUGGGGGAAGAGAUAGAGAAAAUACAUUAGGAAACACUUUCAGUAUCAUCUGCAACGUACCCAGAAACAGAGAACUUGUUUUUCUUGAGGAUUUGAUCUCUAUGCAUAGGUCAAAGUUCACCAAAAUGGGAAAAGGAUUGACAACUUUGUUGCUUUCUUGUGUUCUGUUCUCUCUAUGUGCCUCAUCGUUUGCUCAAACCUGUAAGAGUUAUACUUUCUCUAGCAGCAACAGGGUAUACAGCUCAUGCACAGACCUUCCUGUUUUGAGUGCUUUCCUACACUGGAGCUAUGACCAAUCAACCAGUAAAGUUGACAUUGCGUAUAGACACACAGGAGCCUCAACUUCGAAUUGGGUUGCUUGGGCGAUCAACCCUUCAGGACAAGGAAUGGUAGGAGCACAAGCCCUUGUGGCCUAUCAAAACUCCAGUUCGGCCAUCCACGCAUACACAUCCCCAGUGAGCGGAUAUGGAACUACGCUGGCAGAGGGUUCUUUGAGCUUUGCGGUUUCAAAUCUCUCUGCAACAUUUGAGAAUAGCGAGAUGACGAUAUUUGCUACACUGACGCUUGAUAGCAGCAUGACAACGGUGAACCAAGUCUGGCAAGAAGGUCCUCUGAGUGGAGGUAGUCCCAGCAGCCAUGAUACCACUUCGAGCUCAGCCAAUAUGCAAUCAGCAGGCACUCUGAAUUUUCUGAAUGAUCAGGCGACAACAACGUCUGCAGGAGGUGUAGUCACUGCAAGGCGUCGAAGACAGAAUGUUCAUGGAGUGCUAAACGCGGUUAGCUGGGGGACUCUGAUGCCCAUGGGAGCCAUGAUUGCAAGGUACCUAAAGGUGUUCAAGUCAGCAGAUCCUGCAUGGUUUUACCUGCAUAUUGCUUGCCAAACUUCUGCCUAUGUUAUUGGGGUUGCUGGAUGGGCAACGGGUCUAAAACUAGGCAGCGAAGCCUCUAGUGUUAAUCAGUAUGAUACUCACAGGAACAUCGGCAUAACCCUCUUCUGCCUUGGAUCACUUCAGGUGUUUGCCCUGCUUUUGAGGCCAAAGAAGGAUCACAAAUACAGGUUAUAUUGGAACAUCUACCACCAUUCUGUGGGAUAUUCUGUCAUUAUCCUAAGCAUCAUCAACAUAUAUGAGGGAUUGGAAAUCUUGGACCCUGAGAAGAAGUGGAAGAAGAUAUACACCGGAAUUCUGAUUUUCUUAGGCAUCGUUGCCGCUUUAUUGGAAGCUUUUACUUGGUUCAUUGUUAUCAAAAGGAAACAGACGAGCUCUGUGAAGUACCCCGAUGGGAAUGGAGUGAAUGGCACUAAUAGCUAUGCUGCCAGAACUGAGAAUGGGGUAUAGUUUAUAGAUGAGAGACUAGGCCUUUUCCUUCCUCAGAUGCCUCACUCGCUUAUUUUUGUAGGCUUUUACACCAUGGGUGGGGGUAUUUGAAUGUCAUGUAUGUUUGAGAGAGUUUUAGUACCUUCUUUU